UCUGUGCCUUGCCAGCCCUUCCGCCCGCUCAAAAGUCGUUCUGACGCCGCCCUCAGCCUACGUCGUCACUCUCCUUCUCGCACCGGCUAUAUAGUCCGCUGCUCUCCUCGGGCCAGCUUCACCAAGAAGCAUCCACCUCUCUCUUACCGCCACUCUCCUCCAUCGCGCCACACAGCAACGCCAAAAUGGCCGACCUCAACUCUUGGGAGGACGACAAGGAUGCGCAGGACGACCUCGCCCAGCAGGCCGCCCAGAUGAACCUCAACAACGCUGCCCGCGCUAACACUUUCCAGCCCGGUGCUGCCUCUUUCACUCCGGGCGCGGCUUCGUUCGUCCCCGGCCAGGGCUUCCAGGGCGGUUACGGCGGAUACCAGCAAUACGGCCAGUACGGUUACGGCGGCGGCUACCUCCAGUAUGGCCAGCAGUACCCCCAGUACGGUUAUGGCCAGCAGCAGCAGCAGCAGCAGCAGCAGCAGCAGGGCUACGGCUACGGCCAGCAAUACGGCGGCUACCAGCAAAACUUCCAGCAGCAGCAGCAGCCUCAACAACAGCAGCGCCAGACCCCUGUCAUUGCCAAGCGGGGUGAUGACCUUGCUGCCAAGCCUGCAGCGCCCGCCGCCGACGCGCCCAAGCCCAAGACUCUCUCGAUCGGCGGUGAUGGAAGCGCAAAGGUCGAGUCCGCCGGUGGCACCAAGGUGCUGAGCAUUGGUGGUGACGCCCCCAAGGUCGAGAAGACUGGCGCCACCAAGGUCCUCAGCAUUGGCUCGCCCAAGGCCGGUACUGCCAACACUGCCAACGCUUCUGCAAAGGAGAAUGUUGACAAGGGUGCUCCGGAGGCAGGCAAGAAGGUCACCGCGGCCAAGGCUAUCGAGAAGACCGGCGAGGCUGCUGGUGCUGGUGCUGCACCCACUGGCAGGACCUCCCCCACUCCCUCCUCUGGCAGGAACAGCCCUACGACGAGGACACAGGAGAAGGCGGAAGCUCGGGCCGCGAAGCAGCAGGCCGACUUGGUCGCUCAGGAGCAGGCUGCGGAUGUCGAUGAGGAUACCCUGGCUGAGAUGUACGGCAAGGAGCACGUCAACGUCAUUUUCUUGGGUCACGUCGAUGCCGGCAAGUCUACUCUGGGUGGUUCCAUUUUGUAUGCGACCGGCAUGGUCGACGAGCGUACCAUGGACAAGUACAAGCGUGAGGCCAAGGAGGCGGGUCGUGAGACCUGGUACCUUUCGUGGGCUCUUGAUUUGACCAAGGAGGAGCGUUCCAAGGGUAAGACCGUCGAGGUCGGUAAGGGUUUCUUCGAGACUGAGAAGCGUCGCUACACCAUUCUGGACGCUCCGGGCCACAAGACGUUUGUGCCGAACAUGAUUGGUGGUGCUUCGCAGGCCGAUGUCGGUGUUCUGGUCAUCUCUUCUCGUAAGGGCGAGUACGAGACUGGUUUCGAGAAGGGUGGUCAGACGAGAGAGCACGCUGUGCUUGCCAAGACCCAGGGUGUCAACAAGCUUGUUAUUGUCGUCAACAAGAUGGACGAUCCCACCGUCGAGUGGAGCGAGGAGCGUUACAAGGAGUGCACUAGCAAGCUGACGACGUUCCUGAAGGGUGUUGGUUACAACCCCAAGACUGACCUGACUUUCAUGCCCGUUUCUGCUCAAACCACCGUUGGUAUCAAGGACAGAGUGCCCAAGGAUAUUGCGCCUUGGUUCGAUGGCCCCUCGCUGCUCGAGUACCUCGACGGUAUGCAGACCCUGGAGCGCAAGCUCAACGCUCCCUUCAUGAUGCCUAUUGCGGCCAAGUACCGUGAUCUGGGUACCAUGGUCGAGGGUAAGAUUGAAUCUGGUGUGAUCAAGAAGGGUGCUACCUACAUUAUGAUGCCCAACCGCGAGCAAGUCGGCAUUUCGGCGCUGUACGGCGAGCAGGAAGACGAGAUCCAAGCCGCGACGUGCGGUGACCAAGUGCGCAUCCGUCUGCGUGGUGUCGAAGAGGAAGACAUUCUUCCCGGUUUCGUGCUCUGCUCUCCCAAGCGUCCCGUCCACUGCGUGUCGACGUUUGAGGCUCAGAUUGUGCUGCUGGAGCUGCGGUCGAUUCUGUCAGCCGGCUUCAACUGCGUGCUGCACGUGCACUCUGCGACGGAAGAGGUCACGUUCGACGCGCUGCUGCACAAGCUGGAAAAGGGCACUGGGCGCAAGAGCAAGCGGCCGCCUGGAUUCGCGACCAAGGGCAUGAGCAUUAUUGCCAGGCUGAAGGUUACGGGUGGUGCGGGCAGCGUCUGUGUUGAGCGCUUCGAGGAUUACCCCCAGAUGGGACGUUUCACGCUGAGAGACCAGGGCCAAACUAUUGCUAUUGGCAAGAUCACGAAGCUGAUCACGGACCCGUCUGCUUAAAUGGGGAGGCAUAGCUGAGGCGUUUUCAUCAUGUCUAGGACGAACUUGACGCUGCUUUCUUUUUGCAUUCAUUCCGGUUGCUGGCCGGCUUGGCUGAUGAAUGAGUUAUGAGGGCGGGAUGGGGGUAGGGUUCGUGUAGCUGGGUGGAUAGGUAGGAUACACUGGGCGGGCAACGGCCUGUAGUUGAAGCCAGUUAUGCGUAGAUGAGGGGAAUGAAAAGUUUGGCUUGUU